AUGAAGCCCAACAGUCUCAGCGCCUUCGUGGUUCUCCUUGCCCUCGGAAUCCUGACGUCUGGGGCUGUGGAAGGUGCUAGCAAAGAAAAAGCUAAGCACGGAGUCUGCCCCUUCGUUCCGCCUGUGAUGUGCUUUGUCUAUGAACCCCCUCAAUGCCACAAUGACUGGCAGUGUCCAAAGAAGCAGAAAUGCUGUCGUGGCCAUUGUGGCAUAAAAUGCCUGGAUCCUGAAGACCCAUCAAAGCCAGUUAAGGUAAACCCUGGGAAGUGUCCAGUGGUCACUGGCCAGUGUAAGAGGCCCAACCCCACAGACUACUGCCUGAAUGACAGCCACUGCAUGUUGGGUGACAAGUGCUGCAAGGGGGUGUGUGGGAAAUCAUGUGUCAAGCCAGUGAAAGGAGGAUGUUUGGCAUCUCCCUGUGCCCCCUUCCCCCGCCCCAAGAAGAUCCUCUGCCUUCAACACCAUUCUCUAGAGAAGAACCCCCAGUUCUCUAGACAAGAAUUCACCAGGGUCACCUGCGACUGGUAG